AUGAAGGACUUCCCGUAUAAAUCGCUCGACCGCAACAUGGACCGACCGUUCCGCAGGCUGGAACUGCUCCCAGGAACUGGCCAGAUCAAUUGCAAGCUGCAGCACGUCUUUUUAGCCGACAAUCCACAAUAUGAAGCAAUAUCCUACCACUGGGGUCCGACUCGCUCCGAAUUCACGCAUGAAAUAGUAUGCGACGGCCUCAGGUCGAAGAUCACAGAAAGUCUACACUGCGCCCUGAUGCGCUUUCGGAAACCGGAUGCGUCUAGAUUUCUGUGGGCAGACCAGAUCUGCAUAAACCAAGACGACAAGAACGAACGGGCAUUCCAAGUCAGCAUGAUGCGCGAGAUAUACGAGAACGCCGACCAGACGCUGAUAUGGCUGGGAAACAAGGAGCCCAAUCAGAAAAAUGACGACCCGGACGAGGCCUUUAAACUGUUGGAAACACUGGCGACUGCACACGACAAGCGACGAGCGCGCACACCGCCCGACAAACGAACACUUUUCGAGCUUUCACGCGCAGAGGUCACCGAACUGGCCUUGCCUUCCGUGAUAUCAGCCCCUGUUUGGAAAGCGGUUUGGCUGAUCCUAUCGCGGAAGUGGUUCCACCGCCUCUGGGUGAUUCAGGAAGUCACCGUGUCGAAACAGGUAGUCGUACACUGUUCGCACUCGGAGAUCGCGUGGUCGCGGCUGGUUGCUGCUACCACCUGCGCCUUCGAAUUGGCCGGCGUGCUCCACAUGCUGGGCAACUAUUCGACCUUCGGCGCGUCGGUGGAGAACGUACGGAAAGCAAGACUGGACGGAAAACCCAAGAGUCUGACGAGCAUGCUCAUUGAAUUCUCGCACUACGGAGCUUCGGAUCCAAGAGACAAGGUCUUCUCCCUUCUCGGCCUGGCGUCGGCGCAAGAUCGCAAGCUCGUCGAGAUUGACUACAGAUCGCCACCCGAGACGACUUAUCUCAACACCACGGUGGCUAUUCUCAGGCAGUCUCGAAAUUUGGACAUCCUUUGCGCGGUGAACAGGAAUUCUGAAAAGGAAGCAGAGGUACAAAAUCCGAAAUUGCCAACCUGGGUCCGCGACUACAAGGAUUCGCCGAUUCCAACAGCGCUGUGUUUGAUGCCAUGGCACAACAUAAGCAGCAGGCCGAGAAUGGAACGGGGUCCCAGAUUCAGGGCUGCCUGCCUUUCACAGUCGGAACCUACUUUCUCGGAUGACCUGAAAAAGCUCAGCUUGAAGGGCUUUGUGCUGGACACUGUUGCCACGACGGCGCUUCCUCAGCAUCCGCCUCGCGUAAAUCAAGUAAGAGGAUUGAUUCCAGCAAGGAAAGCCCUGAAAGACGGAACCAGAUUUCUGGAAGCCCUUGCGGACUGGAAAUCGCUUAUCAUGGCUCACGGCCCGAAAUACAAUACUGGGGAGGACACCGACGAUGUGUAUUGGCAGAUCCUCAUUGGUGGAUGUUCCGAGGAAGAGCGCGAUGACGUCCGGAAUGAAUGGCAUGCCUUGAGGGGAGACACCACUUAUAUUCACGGAAUCAUGUAUGGGGAGGCGUAUGAGGACCAAAAGUGCGAGACCAUAGCGCUCAUUUAA